CGUUCUGUAGUCGUGAGUGGAGACCUGGAACUGCGUCUGGUUUCCGGUUUCGCGCGACGGAACUGACGCGCGCGGCGCGCGACGCAGAGCCGAGUGCAGCGCGGAGGUCGUGAUGAGCUGUGUGCUGUGUGCGCCGGCGGCUGGGGCUGCCCGGGCGCUGAGGCUGGUGCGCUGGGCUUCCCGAAGCCUGCAUCCGCCGCCCGGUGGCCGGGAUCAGGCCACCCUCGCAGUCAAGGGCGAGGAAGAGGACGAUCCUGACCGCCCCAUUCCGUUUUCCACCAGCAAAGCCAACCCGUCCCGUUGGACGGUGGAGCAUUCCCUGGGAAAGGAGCAGCAGCGACCCUGGUGGAGGGUCUUGCCCAUAAGCCUGUCCCUCGUGAUUCUGCUCAUUUGGUGCGUCGUUAGGGACGAGACCGGCACGGACCGCUGGUUGAAACAGGUAUUGGAGGAAGAGGAGCCGGAGCUCAGCGAUCCCUCCGAGGAGCCUGGAACUCCAGCUGCCUAUGGAGAGAGAACUUAAAGAGGCACCGGCGGGGGCAGACAGCGAGGGACCAGGCAGCGGCCCUUAGGUCUGACGUCGCGUUUGAUAGUUUCUGUCUGGUUCUGUGCGUCCCCAGGCUGAAGGGUUGGAUGGCGCACCUGGCCACACUGACCCUCGGGGGAGGAGAGAGCAGAAUGUCAGCAGACGGGACCCAGUUCUUGGCCUGAUACUUUGAUGCCCAACGAAUAUGCACAAAAGACUUUUUUUAGAUCCAUAUGAAAGGUUUUGGAUUUGUGAUUUUGUUCAACAUUAUGUUGCCAAAGCAAGUCUGGUGACACUUGUAAUCCAGUGUAAUCUAGUUUGCUUUCUGAGACAGAAUAACUCAGAAGAGUUAAGCUUUUUAUUUUACAAUGUAUUGUGGUAUGUAUAAAUUGAUGUUAGUUUUACAAACUAACACAUUGAUAAAUGUUAAUUAGCUAAUGUGGAAUUAAGCCAACCCCCCCUUUUGCAUCUCAUUAAACAAAGGGAGCCUUUUAGUCCUUUUUCAAUUCCUUCUUUUUAAAUUGAUUUUAGAAGAAGGGAGAGAGAGAGAGAAGUCAAUGAUGAGAGAGAGAAUCAUGGAUGGCUGCCCCGUGCACGCCCCCUACUGGGGAUUGAGCCCUAAACUGGCAUGUGCCUUGACCUCAGUCCUGGUGACCUCUUUGCUCCUGGGUUACUCAACGCAGAGCCACACUGGCAGGGCUCCUUUGUGGGUUUUUCUUUUUCUUCUUCUUCUUCUUCUUCUUCUUCUUCUUUUUUUUUUUUUUUUUUUUUUUUUAUCAAGGCAACAACUUUCUGAAUCAAAUAAAACCGAUGAAUUUUUCUUUUGACAAAUUACAAUAUUUGAGGUACCUAAAUUAUGUUUUUCAAGUACUACUUAGGAAUCCUGCUUAAUUCUGAAAUACAAGAUGCAUAAAAGGAAGAUCUUAUUUACGGAAGCUUCUAGUGAAAGGUUUUACCGUGGCAUGUACUAGUAUAUGCUGCUGAAGUUAAUUGGAGGUUUCCUUCACGAGGAAGUUUAAAGGCUGUAUGAGUAUAUGGGCUUCUCACAAGGCCUUUGCUGAAGUUCUCUAAAUGCCUGGUGCACCUUGGUAAAUUAUGCUUGUCAGGGAGGUGGGACUCAUACAAGUAUGUGCUUUUUUCUUUCAUUGUAAUCCUCACCUGAGGAUAUGUUUCUUGAUUUUAGAGAGAGAGAAGCAUUAAUCAAUUGCCUCUUGUAUGCACCCUGACUGGGGAUCGAACCCAUAACCCCAGUUAUGUGCCCUGACCAGGAAUUGAGCCCUCGACCUUUUGGUUUACAGGACGGCACUCCAACCAACUAAACCACACUGGCCAGGGCAGUAGGUGCAUUUUUUUAAAGAUGGAGAGUCCUAGUUUUGGCUCAAUGGAUAGAGCAUCAGCCCACAGACUGAAGGAUCCCAGGUUUGAUUUUGGUCAAGGGCACGUACUACGGUUGCAAGCUUGAUCCUCAGCCCUGGUCAGCGUGUAUGCGAGAGGCAACCAAUCCUUGUUUCUCUCUCAUAUCGAUGUUUCUGUCUCACUCCUCCUUUCCACUCUCUCUAAAAAUCAAUGGAAAAAUAUCCUCCGGUGAGGAUUAAUGACAACAACAAAAGAUGGAGAAUCCAAGGUUUGGAAAGAUUGACCUAAUCAGCUCAAGUUACAUUGUUAGUCCCUAGUGGGAACAAAGAACUAAGAUGUCCUUCCUCUGGCCUACUGUGGUUAUGAACUCUUUUUUUGUUGUUAAUCCUUACCGGAGGAUAUUUUUUAAAAUUAAUUUUUAGAGUGGAAGGGAGGGAGUUGAGGAGAGAGAGAGAAAUAUUGAUGUAAGAGAGACACAUCAAUUGAUUGCCUCCUGCACAUGCCCCGACCAGGGCUGAGGAACAUACCUGCAACCCAGGUAUGAGCUCUUGACCGGGAAUCAAACCUGAGACCCUUUGGUCCUUGGGGAGAUGUUCCAGCCUGGAGCCACACUGGCCAGGGCCUCUUUUUUU